GGCUCUCAUCAUCAGAUAUUGGAUAUACCAACGAAUUCAUGAUAAAUGGAUUGGAUCGUAUAUUUAUUGUUAUUGUUGGUGAUGAUUCUGAGGAAGAAGUUGGUAGCUAUCAGACCAUUACUGGAACUAUAUCAAUUGGAGCUCGUGGAAUCUCACAG